AUGGGAUCCAAGUCAGAAGAUCUCUUCCGUAUCGCCAUCAUUGGCGGCGGCAUCGGCGGUCUCUUCGCUGCCCUCUCCCUUGACCAUCACUGUAAAAAUGACAACAUAGCCAUUGAUGUAUACGAGCAAGCAUCCCAGUACUCAGAAAUUGGCGCAGGUGUCGGCAUCGGUGUCAAUGCAGCCAAACUCCUGCACCGAAUUGGUUUAGGAGAUGCCAUGAACAACAUCGCCGGAGACCGAAAGGGAGUAUGGAUCUCUUUCCGCAGAUAUGAUAACGGAGGCGACAUUGUGACUGUGCCGUCACCGUCCAAUGAUCAGCAGAAGAUCAGGCAGCUGCCUGUGCACCGGGCCGAGUUUCUCGAAGUGUUGCUUAAUGCGGUGAGGGAGAGGGGGGCGGCGACGUUACAUACGAAGAAGAUAUGUAGAAAAGUCGAAGAAGAAGGCGAGGUCGCGCGCAUACAUUUCCAAGACGGCACAACCGCAACAGCCAAUCUCGUCGUGGGGUGCGAUGGCAUCCACUCGAGCCUCCGCGCGCAAUUCGCACCCGAGAAUCCCACCUAUAGCGGCAGGAUAGCCUAUCGAGGCUUGGUGCCGACUUCCAAGAUUGAAGCAUGGUGGCCCUUUCAGACGUACUCCGUCAGCUGGCUGUGCAAGGACAAGCAUUUUUUCGUCUUCCCCAUCAGCCAGAACCGAACCCUAAAUAUCGUUGCUUUCGUAUCAACACCUGAAGGAAAGCUGGGCGGACUGAGAGAAAGCUGGACUUCGACUGGGGAGAGAAGUCAGCUAGCGAGAGAUUUUGAGGACUUUGAAGAGACGGUGAGGAGGGUGAUCGGAUGUAUGGAUGGGAAGCCCUCGAAAUGGAUUCUGAACGACCGAGAACCGUUGGAGCAAUGGGUCUGGGCUAGCGGCAAGGUUGUGUUGAUGGGAGAUGCGGCUCACGCCAUGUUACCACAUCAAGGAGCCGGAGCCGGCCAAGCAAUCGAAGAUGGCUACAUCCUCGGCCGCGCCCUGCACGACUGCCUCAGCUCACGAGGUGACGUGCAAAAGUGGGCCAAUCUCUACCAAGACGUCCGACUCCCACGAGCACAGAAAGCGCAGCGAACAGCCAGAGAAGCGGGCGAUGUCUACGAGAUGCAGGCAGAAGGGUUGAAAGGUGUGGACUACGACGCUUGUCUACCCAAGGUGAGAGACAGGUUGAAAGAUCGGAUGAAGUGGGUUUGGUCUGAAGAGAUUGAUGAGGCCUACGAGAGCGAGAAGGCUAAGAUGGCCCGAUGA